UAGCGAUGUCCGUUAAAAAUGAUUUUAUGUUUGCGAACAGCAUGGAGUGUCUGAUGUUUUACCCAGGUUCCAGAUAAGUUAACUAUAUGCGUUAUAAAAUAUUUGGGUGUUAUAAGCAGAGAAUACCGGCAGAACUCAUUCAUUUGAAAUCUGUUGCUAUUAGUUUUGUAUGUUCAUGUAUACAUGGUGGCACAUGUUCGCCAUAUUAUUAAGGAAACACUUUUGAGAAACUUUUACUGUACGUCUGUGUAUUUGCAUUACGAUCCAAUGUAACCUACAGUUUUCACUUGUCGUGUAAUCUCAUUUAAUCUACAGUCACAAGCCUGAAGACAAGCUAAUCUGAAUUAUGCAUUGUUACUUGUCACCGUCUUACAAAAAUGUACCGUAUUCAUUUCCCAGAAUUUUGUGUUUUUACCAAGAUAAUGAUGAAACUGCGUGUUGCAGUGUGGGGCAUCAUAAGGUGACCUAACUUCAUCUAAUCAUGUCUAAUGAUGAAGAACAGAAUACUCUUAUUAGGAACUUCACUGAUGUGAAGGAUGUCCUAAACCAGAUCGGAGAUCUUCAUGACAUGGACCCAAAUCAUUUCCUUGGUCCUUUUCUUGAAGUGAUUCGAUCGGGAGAGACCACGGGUCCUGUGACAAGCUUGGCUCUUUCUGCAGUGCACAAAUUUUUAUCAUAUGGGCUCAUCAAUCCAACACGUAAGUCCGUUCCAGCCACAGUGGAGAACAUUGCAGAUGCAGUUACACAUGUAAAAUUUGUUGGCACAGACCAGGCCAGUGAUGGGGUGGUGCUGAUGAAAAUUCUGCAGGUUCUGCGUGUAUUGAUGCUGUCCCCUGAAGGAGCCAUGCUGACCAAUGAGAGUGUGUGCGAGAUCAUGUUGAGCUUCUUCAGGAUUUGUUUUGAAUCCAGACUUUCAGAGCUACUGUGUUGGUCUGCAGAACACUGCCUCAAGGACGUAGUGCAGCUACUGUUCUCCCGGCUGCCGCAUUUCUGCGAGGAUCUGCGUAUUCAAGUCAACAUUAAGAAACUGAAGAUGAGAACUGGAGGAAUGGACUCUUCGAGAGGUAAACGGAAGAGUAAAACUUCACAGCGAGGGAGGUCCACCCGACCAGUGCAGAAACCAGACAACAGCUCUCUGCAGGCUGCUAAAGAGAUGGAAUCACCCAAAAGUCAGGAGAGCAAGGCAAUAGUGACAAAUGAAGACCUGACAAGUCCGGUUGACGACCUCAGCAUUUCGUCAACACUUUGUGCCCCCCGCCUAUCAACGACCCCUCUGACACCAGCUGGAAACAUCGUAGACAUGCAAGGUGCAAUCCACCAAGGUACCCUACCGCCAAUUGAUGAUGCUGGACAGAUGAGGCAAAAUGACGUAUCUCCUGAAACAGCUGCAGAUGAAUCAGAGGCAAGCAGAAAGGCUGAAAAUGAAGAAAUGUCCCUAGAGUCCACAGGCGCAGAACAACACUCCUCUGUUAAUGGAAACGAGGACACCCAGUCUAGUUCUUGUGUUGUUAUCAAUGUAGACUUGGGGGAAAACUCUGCUUAUGAAUAUGGGGAUGGAGACACUUCAUCAAUAUUAUCAAGUAAGACUUGUUCUGUAGAGGAUGUUAGCUUGACAGGGGUGCAAGAGGAGCUGAAGUCAGUCACACUGCAAGAGGGCUGUGAGGAGAAGGUAACAAAUGAAGUGAGACCUGACACUGUACUGGUAGAAGUGAAGGAGGAACCAGAAAAUGUGGGAACAGAAGAAAAUGUUGCUGCUGUUUCUGUUCCUAAGUUGAGCAAUCAGUCGUCCUCUGUCAGCAUUGAAGAAGAGGAGGGAACAGCAGGUGUGAAGCAGGCAGAAAGUCAGGACUACAUAAAUCCAAGAGGGGUGCGGUUUAUGAGCCAGGAAAUUGGACAAGAUGGUUCACAGCCACUUGUCCCGUAUGGUGUGGCAUGUGUUCGAGAGCUGUUCAGAUUCCUCAUCUCGCUGUGCAAUCCCCUGGACAAACAGAAUACCGAGACAAUGAUUCACACGGGACUCAGUCUCCUUACUGUGGCCCUGGAGAUUGGAGCAGACAGCAUAGGAAAAUACAACUCUCUACUUGGUCUGGUCAAGGAUGAGCUGUGCCGGAACCUGUUCUCAUUGCUGAACACCGAACGACUGUCAAUAUUUGCAGCCGCUCUCCAGGUUUCAUUUCUUCUGUUCGAGGCCUUGCGGACACACCUUAAAUUCCAGCUAGAAUUCUAUCUCACUAGAGUGAUCGAUAUCAUCAUCUCAGACUCUCCGAAGAUUACCUAUGAACAAAAAGAAAUAGCUUUAGACUCAGUGGUACAGCUGUGGAGGAUUCCUGGUUUUGUGACUGAACUCUACCUUAAUUACGAUUGUGACCUCUACUGUCCAAAUUUGUUUGAAGACUUGACAAAAUUGUUGUCGAAGAAUGUUUUUCCAGUUUCUGGCCUGUACAACACCCAUUUGCUGUCACUUGAUGCUCUGCUAACCAUUAUUGACUCCAUUGAAGGUCAUUGCCACAGUCGCAUUCUCAAUGAACAUCAGGAGGAUCGACAAGUAACAGAUGGCACUUCAGUGAAGGCAUCCUCAUCAGAGGCUGUUUCAGAUGCUGGAGUGGCAAUGGUUCUGCCUGUCAGUGGCCACAUUUCACAUUCAAGGAGGCAGCGGAUCUCUGAGAACAUCCCAACCCAUGAACAGCUGAUGGCCAUUAAACACAAGAAGAAGCUUCUGGCAACUGGAACAGAGCACUUCAACUUGAAGGCAAAAAAGGGUGUCGCAUUCCUACAGGAGCACCAUCUGUUGUCGUCACCACUGGACCCACAAGAAGUGGUGCACUUUCUGCGAGAGAAUCCACGCCUCGACAAAAAGAUGAUCGGAGAGUAUAUCAGCAACAGGAGCAAUUUGCAGGUGCUGGACAGCUUCGUCAAGUCCUUUGACUUCACUGACACAAGAAUUGAUGAAGCCUUGCGGCUCUAUCUUGAAACAUUCCGUCUGCCUGGCGAGUCACCCCUCAUCUCACUUAUCAUGGAACACUUUGCUGAGCACUGGCAUAAACAGAAUGGUGAGCCAUUUGCCGACGCUGAUGCAGCAUUUACAUUAGCAUAUGCCGUGAUUAUGUUGAACGUAGAUCAGCAUAAUUAUAAUGUAAAGCGGCAGAACAACCCCAUGACUGUGGACGAGUUCAAAAGAAACCUGAAGAAGGUGAAUGGAGGCCAAGAUUUUGAUGAGGAACUGCUCGACGAAAUUUACAAUGGGAUCAAGACAGAUGAGAUAGUGAUGCCAGCUGAGCAGACUGGGCUAGUAAAGGAGAACUACUUAUGGAAGGUGUUGCUGCGUAGAGGGGCUAGCAAAGAUGGUGUCUUCAUACAUGCACCGAACGGUCUCUUUGACCAUGACCUCUUCUCUCUAAUCUGGGGCCCAACAGUUGCUGCCCUGAGCUUUGUGUUUGACAAGAGUAAUGAUGCUACCAUAUAUCAGAAAGCUAUUUCUGGAUUCAGGAAGUGUGCAAUGAUCUCGGCUCACUACGGAAUGAGCAGUGAUUUUGACAAUCUUGUUAUAUCGCUGUGCAAAUUCACGAUGCUGCUGAACACUGCUGAGACACCCGACAACCUGACUAUUUCAUUUGGUUCCAACCCGAAGGCUCAGCUGGCAGCCAAGACUGUAUUUAAUUUGGCUCAUCGCCAUGGGGAUAUCUUGCGGGAGGGGUGGAAGAAUGUUCUGGAUUGUAUGCUGCAGCUCUAUCACUGCAAGCUGCUUCCGAAAGUUAUGGUCGAGGCUGAGGACUUCAUUGAUCCAAGUGGGAAGAUCUCACUAAUGAGAGAGGAGACCCCAUCUCAGAAGACAGAACCUGGAUUACUCAGCUCCAUAUAUUCAUACAUUGCUUUAUCAUCAGAGCCUGCUGCCCAGAAGAUGCCAUCACCUGAAGACCAGGAACACAUUCAGAGGGCACAUGCAUGUGUCAAAGAAUGCCACAUUGAGCAUCUUAUUAACGAGUCAAAAUUUCUUCGUUUGGACUCACUGCAAGAAUUGGUGAAGGCAUUGAUAUUCGCCUCACAGGGACCAGAGAGCCACAUUUCCUCAGGAAUGUCCUAUGAUGAAGAUGCUACCGUCUUCUUCUUGGAGUUGCUUCUUAAAGUUGUAAUUCAGAACAGGGACAGGGUGACUUCAAUCUGGCGCAGUGUUCGGGACCAUGUCUACUGUCUGGUGAUGAGUGCAGCUGCUUGCGACUACCAUUUCCUCAUGGAGAGGUCAGUGGUUGGACUUCUCCGCCUCGCAAUACGCCUCAUGAGAAGGGAGGAUAUGAGCCCAGUGGUAAUGCAGUCACUGCGUAUGUUGCUGCUCCUCAAACCUGCAGCAUUAUUCCGAGUGUCUCGUCAGAUAGCUUAUGGAUUGUAUGAGCUUCUGAAGACCAGUGCAGCCAACAUUCACUCAGACACAGACUGGUCUAUCAUUUUUACGUUGUUGGAGUGUGUCGGUGCAGGGGCACAUCCUCCCAGAGUUGUUGGUGAUAACAGCAGAGGCAGAAGUGAUCAAGUAGCAGCAAAGUCAGAUGGUGAUGUACCCAAUGAAGAAGACAGCGGUUUGGGCAAUGAACGGGGUUACACAUCUGACUCUGAACUGAGCAGGGUACCCACAAGACAACACAGCAGCUUGGCAUCUAGGUCGACAAGCCCUGAACUGUCCCCAAACAGCACCGGUGGUUGGAUACUGGUUGGCCGUGAGGGUGAAAUUCAGCCACUCGCCAUCCGUCCGCUACCUGUCAAUCAGUUCAGCAUAGUGCAUGAACGAGAGCUGCUGCCCCAUGACCCAUAUGGUUUGGUGAAGUGUUGUGAAAGCUUAGCAUUCCUCAUCAGGGAUGUUGCCCACAUCACACCAUACAACUUUGAGAACUGUGUUCAGUGUAUUCGGACAUUUGUAGAAGCUAGCCUAAAUGGAAAUGACAGACGAGGGGUGAAGAAGAGCCCAGGGUCCCACAAGGAAACAAAGACUAGGAAGAAAUUGGCAGGAAGAAGAAAGGAUGAAAAUACCAGGGCACGUAGCCCACAGAAUGUAUCCAACCCUUAUGAUGCUGACGAGAGUGACUCAGAAGAACUGCCCGGUGGAUACCACCAAGUGACUAUACAGCUCCUGGACCUGAUGCACACGCUACACACCCGCACAGCUCACAUAUUCCGAUGGUGGGCUGAAGAAAAUGGAGAGACAGACUUUACGUCCCUGUGGGCUCAGGGCUGGUGUCCGCUGCUGCAGGGCAUUGCAAGGCUCUGCUGUGACUCCAGAAGACAGGUACGCAUGAGUGCCAUCACAUAUCUCCAGAGGGCAUUGCUGGUUCAUGACCUGCAGACACUGACAGCGUCCGAGUGGGAAUCGUGCUUCAGCAAGGUCCUUUUUCCUCUGUUGUCCAAGCUGCUGGAGCCACUCAGCCCACAGGACCCCACUGGCGUGGAGGAAACGCGCAUGAGGGCAGCUACUGUGCUGUCAAAAGUGUUCCUCCAUCACCUCACCCCCCUUCUAACCCUACCCACCUUCACAGCCCUCUGGCUCACCAUUCUCGACUUCAUGGACAGAUAUAUGCAUGUGGACAAGAGUGAUUUGCUUUAUGAAGCAAUCCCAGAGUCACUGAAGAACAUGCUGUUGGUGAUGGAUUCAGCUGGAGUGUUUUCCACCCCUGCUGGGUACUCCCAGCUAUGGACCAUCACCUGGGAUCGUAUAAACACAUUCCUCCCAACACUGAAAGAGGAGCUGUUCAGAUCUCAUCCUGCUGUUGAAACGCAAGCAAGAUUUGCCACAAAGCCAGAAGAUACCAGUGUAGCCAGUCCAGACUUGCAGGUACCAACUGUCACAUCUCCGGUACUGAAUGAGUCCACUACAGUUGGCGACCCUGCAGUGAGUCGGGUAACAAGCAUCAUUCUACAGCCCCCUGCAGUGGCUGCAACUCGCAAUGUAUCGACCCCAAUCUUCAUGCACCUCGGACAGCAGAUGCUGUCAACAUCAAUUGGGCCCCCCAUUCAGCAUGCCCCUUCUUCCCACCACACUGACAUAACCAGCCCCCAACCCCCCACUCACCCUCCCUCAGUGGAACCUGUCCCUAAUCCACUGCUGUACAGCCAGUCUCAGAAUGUUGUCCCACCUGUAUCUCUAUACAGUCAACCUAUCUCACUAUACAGUCAACCUCAAAACACUUUAGGCUCUGUAACAUUGUAUAGCCAGUCCAAAUCUUCCAUACCUAUAUACAGUCAGUCUCAAACCACUGCCACAUCAUUGCAUUUGAGCUUCAGCGCCAGCAGCACAUCAAGUGCUGCCAACUUGACAGAUCAACCAACAGUCAGUAAUGCUGGUGUUAUGAUACCAUCGCAUUAUUUUCACCAUGAUGUUGGGCAGCAGCAGCAACUGUUCCCUGUAUCAGUGCCUGCCCCAUUGUCUUCAUCAGGGAUGUCUAGCGCCGGAUCAUCAGGUGGCAUCGUCUGCUCCCCAAAUGCAAUCCUCGUGAACCCUAGUCUCAUGGAAGGCACCAGCAUUCCUACACGCCACAUCCUGUCCUCACCAAAGGGUCUCAACAACCAGUAACCAGUUGAUGUGGUAUUGAAGAAUGUUACUAGUACCUAACGUGACAACUUGCCAAACUGUGGGGCUCCUACAGUGAAGAAAUUUGGUCCUGGAAUGCAUUGUGGCUCAUUAUGUGUACAACAUGGAGACUGACUACCUUGUGAGUUUUCUCAGUCCCUCCAGGCAAAUGCUAGGAUAUUACCUCAAAUCAGGCUGCAGCCCCUGUCCUUCCACAUCCUUUCCGUAAAGAAACGGUGUGAGGAUGUGGACUGGAUUCAGCUGGCUUAGAAUAGAGUUCAGUGACAGCUCUCGUUAAUAUGAUAGGGAACCUUCAGGUUCUAUAAAAUGCUUGGCUUUCUUCUGACCAGCUGAGUGACUUAGCUUCUGCCUUAUGUGGGUUAUAAUAUGUUAAUGAAGGGAGUUUUCAUAUCUUUUGGUCAGGAUCCAGCUUUCGCAGCUGGAAAGAUGUGAGUAAUGCAUUAUAUAAUAUACAUUUGGCCAGUAUAAUUGCUUUCUUAUGCCACACAUUUGCCAGAUCUGAUUCUGAACUUGGGCACUCGUGUAUUAUAUCCUAAAAUAGCCCACAGCAUUUGGUCUGAUGUAGGUGUGUGGAUCAGAUUUACUCACAUAGGAUUUGAGAAUGUGACAGUGAUUAUUGUGGAGCGUUAUACCUUCUUGGACAAAACGCCGUGAAUUGUGGUGAAAGUCAACGGAAGAGCAUGUCACCUCCAUCUUCAGGGUUGAAUAGUACACCAUGCAAGAAAAUUUCAUGAAGCAGGUAGCAAGCAGAGAUGGUUUCUUACUUGACUUACUGUUCAGUCCUGAAGGUGGUGAUAUGUACCCCAGAAGAUAAAACUUUUCAACUGUAACCACUGUUGAAAUAGACAAAUACAUUGAGCCCUGCAUUAGGAUUCUUUAGGGAGAAGAAGCAGGAGAGUCUGAAACGGGGAAAUCUAACAGUGAGAUAAUUGACUUGGGAUCAUUGAAAUUGAACGUUGAGUGAGGGAAACCCUGAAACUGAGGAACAGUAAGUGAGAAAUCCAUUGUAAAUGAAACGUUGUUUGAGAUCAGAGGUUCUCACAGCAGUGAAUAUAAAAAGUACUUUUUUGGGGAUGUUACUCUAUGUAGUCUGGUAGAGUGUUACCAGCAUUACAUAAUAUUGUCACGUAUUGGGCAUAUAACGCGACAAAUAAAU